GAUCUUCAGGAACAUUCACGAUACACAAAACUUAAAAAACAGCGGCAAGUAGACUACUGAUACACUCAUACACACCAUUAUCAUACAGUCUCGCCACCACCAAAUUCAACCAUGGCGACAACCGCAACAAACUCCGACCCGUUCUCUUCACUCUUCUCACAAACAAACUCCCGCAUACCAGACGACACCGUAUUCUACACAAUUUUCCCCGACGCCACUUUAUCAAACACCUUCACCACAUCAUCAACGCCGUCUCUCUCUCUCCAAUCACUCCACCUCGAAAUCCUCAACUUAAUCUCGCCGUUCACCGCCUCAUACAUAUGGCAGCACGAGCCGUUUUCCCUCUCAAUCGCCGCACUUCCGCCGCUCCCCCACCUCCACGGCAGCCUCCGCUUCGGUGACAAUAUUGAGGACGAGUGGUUCACUGUUUACCUUCUGUUUCUAAUCUCCAACCGCUUCCCGAAUCUGUCCAUUCGCGUGUGGGAUAACGACGGUGAGUUUCUUCUUAUUGAAGCUGCGUUUCAUCUCCCUCGUUGGAUUGACCCUGACACGUCAGCUAAUCGUGUUUUUAUUCGCGGUGGGAGUCUUCGUAUUGUGCCGAAGAGUAAAUUAGCUAACCCUAGUUUGAUUGAUUCUUUGAAGUUUUUAAUUUAUUAUGAGAAUGAGUCUAUAGCUGCUGAGAAUAUUCAAAAUGCUGUUAAGAAUAGGAUUUCGGGUUAUCCGGAAAAAGCUAGAGAGAAUAUGCAUCAUGUUAGGGUAAGGCUUCCGGUAUCGGUAGCGCAGGUUUUAAAAUACGAGCCGUGUUUGAUUUCCUUAGCUGCCGAGGGUUUUUACGAUAGAGAUAUUGAUACGAUGAAAUAUGCUGCGAAAAUGGAGAGGUUUUUGAGUAAAGGAAGAGAGGAAGAAUUGGUAUGUGUUACUGUUGUGAUGUCUAAGCCAAUGUAUGCGCAGUUAAUGCAGCAGAAAUUUGUGGCGCCCAAGUGUUAUCCGAUGCCGAAUAGAAGUGAUGAUGUGGAGGGGUUUAUGGAGGCCGAGUUGGGGAUGAAGAUUGCUUGUGGAUUUGAAAUGGUGUAUCAAUUGAGGAGAAAGGACGGGGAAGAAGGGAAAGGGAGUAGUUGGAUUAAGUAUAAGGAGAGUUUGGAGAAAAGUGGGUUUUUUGAAGGAUUGUUGCCGGGCUCAAAGGAGUAUAAGAGAUUGAUGGACAAGGCUGAGGAGUAUUAUCAAAACAGUAAAUUGUUUUCCGGGGCUAGUGAAAUGAUGAGUGCUCCAGUUAGGCGAAUUGAUGAGAUUCUUGCUAUACCACAUUCAGCUGAUGAUUUCAAGAAUCAGAAGAUUCCACCUUCUGAUGACGAUUCUUGGCUUUACAAUGGAGAGAACGAGUUGAACGCUGGUCUUCAAGAGAGACAAAAAGAAAUGGAUCUUUAUAAUGCUAAACACAAAAGCAAACAGAAGUUGAAAGAACCAGAAGAUGUGGGUCCUUCUUCUGAUGCCGACUUCAGUGAUUUUGAUCUUGGUGAUAUUGCAAAACACAUGCAAGCAUUUGUAGAUAAGGUGUCAAGCUUCAAGGGAGCAGAGGUUCCAGAAAACAGGAACAUGAAAGACGUGGACCUUGAUGUGGACCAAUUCCUUAAAGACAUGGAAUCAGUGAUGAAUCGCCAUGAUGCUGAAGAUAAUGCUAGUGAUGUUGAUGCUGAAGCAGCAUCCUCAUCAGACAUGGACUUUGAUGAGUCUGAAGAUGGCAGUGAUAUUAUGGGAUCUUCUGAGAAUAUUGAAGGAGAGGACACUUUCUUACCUGCCUACUCAGAUGCUCUUGAUAACGAACUGAAUAAUACCACUCUUAGGAAGAGCUUUGUACGUGCAAAUGAUAAUACCAGCAAAAAUGAGGGAACAUCAAAGGAUGGGGACAUGGAUGCAGAUUUUACUCCUGUGGAUGUGGAUGUUAACCUAGUGAAGAGCCUUCUUGAUUCUUUUUCUUCCCAACAAGGUGAAGCUGGUCCUGCUUCCAAUCUACUUGGGCUCAUGGGUCUACGGCUCCCACGAGAUGACAACAAAGGCAAAUGAAGCUAUGUUACAGUCUCCUUUUCUCUCAUGCAAGAUAGGGGCACAGGGGCAGGAUUUUGUAAGGUAACCCGGUUGCACAACUUUAAUUACCGAAUCCUUCUUAAAUUAGACUAUUUAUGUUCUUUCUAUAAAGAUACGAGCACCGGAUGAUGUAAAUAGCGGCACCAGGCCAUGAGUUUAUAGUCUCUCCUUGUAUUUUAUAGUCAAAAUUACGUGCUGUUUAUGGGUGAAACCAGAAAACAGCGGGAUAGUGCUGCAGCUUGUGGGUUUCCGACUUGGGCAUAAUUUUGGCGGGCUCUGAUCGAAAACUUCCCGGAAAUAUCAGCCUAGCUUACGUGCUUCGAAUUUUGAUUUAGUUGAUUUCUGCAUCAAUUAUUUGAAUGGAGUCAUUGUGUAUUCUAUUGUGCUUGUAACUAAACUAUUCAUGUGGAAAAUGAUUGUGCCUGUAAUUAUAAUGAUGCAUAAUGAGUUGAUUUGGCUUUUCAAAAAGUGAUCCAUUGUGGAAGUGGUUUUUAACAAAUGGGGUAUUCAGUAUCA